CUUCACGACUUUCACUACAGUUGAUCACCAGCAUGUCCUCAAAAAGAUUAAAGAACCUGCAAAUAUGCCGUCCGUUCAUAUACGGCAACAUCGCGCUCCCGCUGGGCGAAGAUCAACGCGGUCCCGACACAUCGCCUGACCACACGCACUCCUGGACCAUUUUCCUGCGGGGUGUCAACGGCGAGGAUCUGUCGGAUAUAAUCAAGCGCGUGGUGUUUAAGCUGCACGAGACGUAUCCUAAUUCUACGCGGUCUAUCGAGGAACCCCCUUUCGAGGUGACUGAAACCGGAUGGGGUGAAUUCGAGAUUUCCGUCCGCGUAUACUUUGUCCCCGAGGCGAACGAGAAGAAUGUAGCGAUGUACCACCAUCUCAAGUUACAUCCCUACGGUCCUGAAGCCGAACAACAGAAAGCCGAAGGCGCCACCGUCACCAGUCUACAAUAUGACGAAUUCGUCUUCAACGAACCAACAGAAAACCUCUUUGAGAUCCUAACGAAAUCCCCCGGCGCAGUCCUGCCGCCCAAGAAAACAGCCCGCGUGCCGUUCAGCGUGCAGUCCGAGAACGAAGAACUGGACCGCUUGUCGGCUGCCAUCGGCGUCAUUCAGGAUAACAUCCAGAAGCAGCUGGAAAAGAUCCAGAUCUACCAAAAGGAGAAAAAUGAGCUUUCUGGAUGAGCGGGUUAUGUAAAUGAUUGUAUGACUAGUUGGUGAUUGGUAUUGGAAUCGGGUUUGCUUUGUUUUGACUGUUUGAGUGUUUAUGUAUGAUACUUGCUUGCUACUUUUAAUAUACAACGCGCAGUAUACAUGUCU